CUGGAGACCCCCGGGGCGUGGCCUCCCGCCCCUCCUCUCGGAGAGGGCGGGCCUGGGAGCCCCUGCCCUCUGCCUGCUACUGCCUCGGGGCCCCCCCGAUUGCGACCCUUAGAAGGGAGGGCGGGCAGGCCACGCGGACAUGAGGCGGCGGAUGCGCCUACGCCGGGACGCGUCGCUCACGCUGCUCCUCGGCACCGCCCUCGGCUUCCUACUGUAUGCACAGCGCGACGGCUCGGCCCCGACGACGAGCGCGCCGCCAGCGCGCGGGAGGGCGGCACCAAGGCCCACCUCCGGACCCCGCGCGUUCCAGGUACCGGACGCGGGUGCAGCCCUACCAGCCUACGAAGAAGACAUACCAGCGCCGCCAACGCCCACAGGACCCUUUGACUUCGGCCGCUACCUGCGCGCCAAGGACCAGCGGCGCUUCCCGCUACUCAUUAACCAGCCGCACAAGUGCCGCGGUGACGGUGCACCCGGCGGCCGACCCGAUCUGCUCAUCGCUGUCAAGUCAGUGGCGGCCGACUUCGAGAGACGCCAAGCGGUGCGCCAGACGUGGGGCGCUGAGGGUCGCGUGCAGGGGGCGCUCGUGCGCCGUGUGUUCUUGCUGGGCGUGCCGAGGGGCGCAGGCACAGACGCUGCAGACGGGGAGGGGGCGGGCACGCGAACGCACUGGCGCGCCCUACUUGGUGCUGAGAGCCGUGCAUUCGCGGACAUCCUGCUCUGGGCCUUCGACGACACUUUUUUCAAUCUAACCCUCAAGGAGAUCCAUUUUCUGUCCUGGGCCUCCGCCUUCUGCCCCGACGUGCGGUUUGUUUUUAAGGGCGACGCCGAUGUGUUCGUGCACGUGGGAAACUUGCUGGAGUUCCUAGCGCCUCGGGAUCCGGGGCAGGACCUCCUUGCGGGUGACGUGAUUAUACAUGCGCGGCCAAUCCGCACACGGGCCAGCAAAUACUAUAUCCCCGAGGCUGUGUACGGCCUGCCCUCGUAUCCGGCCUAUGCGGGAGGUGGAGGCUUUGUGCUUUCCGGGGCCACCCUGCGCCAUCUGACCCGCGCCUGCGCGCAGGUUGAGCUGUUCCCCAUCGACGAUGUCUUUCUGGGCAUGUGCCUGCAGCGCCUGCGACUCACACCUGAGCCUCACCCCGCUUUCCGCACCUUUGGCAUCUCCCAGCCUUCAGCGGCGCCACAUCUGCGCACCUUCGACCCCUGCUUUUAUCGCGAGCUGGUUGUAGUGCAUGGGCUCUCGGCUGCUGACAUCUGGCUUAUGUGGCGUCUGCUGCACGGGCCACAUGGGCCAGCCUGUGCACAUUCACAGCCUGUAGCCGCAGGACCCUUCCAGUGGGACUCCUAG